UCCACUUCCCCCCAAUACAAAUAUCUCUGCUAAAAUUACCUAUAAAAUCUGAGUCAAACUCUGUAUAAUUUCACAUAAAAAAUUAAACAAUAAUCUCGCAAAAAUGGCGUCCGUUACUCAAUUGCAGGCUGUUUUCUCCACGAAUUCAAUCACUAAACCCACUCCAUCGUCUCUCUGCAGCAACUCCAACGGCAGAAGCAUAUUCUUCGGCCCAACCCUAUCUUCAACGGCUACAUUGCAGAAGAAAACUAGAGAGAGAAAGCAGCUCACGGUUGUUGCCGCCGUCGGUGACGUUUCAUCCGACGGAACAGUUUAUCUGAUUGCCGGCGCCGCCGCGGUGGCGUUGCUUGGGACUGCUUUUCCUAUAUUCUUUUCCCGCAAGGAUCUGUGCCCCGAAUGUGACGGGGCGGGAUUCGUGAGAAAAAGCGGGUCGGCUUUAAGGGCAAAUGCGGCAAGAAAAGAUCAGCUUCAAAUUGUAUGUGUCACGUGCAAUGGGCUUGGCAAGCUUAACCAAAUUGACAAAUCCAAAUAAAUAUUUAGUAUAUAUUGUUGUAUGUGAUAUUUUUAAUUAUUUGUGAUGUAAUUUUACGGAG